GCAAUGUUAAUCAUAUGUUUUUGUUAUUGACAUUGUAGUAUUAGAAAUUUGGCUAAAUUUUAAUGGGUAGUCUUGGUAAGAUGCGAAGGAGCAGGGCAAUGAAAGGAGACAGCUUUCAAGAAUGGAAAGCCAGGAAAGACUUGGAGGCACAGCAGUCCAGGAUGACAGCACUCAUCGAGCAAAAGGAAAAGAUGAGGAAGCAAGAGCUGUCGGAAAGGGAGAGAAUAAGAAAAAACGAGAUGCUAGCCGUGGAAAGGAUGAAAAGGAAAGAAAUGCUCGAAAAGGAACACUCGAGGAAGAGGGAAUUUCACAUGGAGGGAAAAUCAAGGACCAACGAUACGGCCAACACUUGGCCAUCGGUCAAACAGGAAAUACCAGAUCGUAGCAGUUCUAUUUGUAAUGACUGGCCAAAUCUGACGACAAAGGAAAUAAUCGCGGACCAGACAAAGCUAAGCCAGACAAACGUCAGCAUUGACAACUGCAAGAAAAGCGGCUCCUUGACGUUUAGCCAGUGGCUUCACAAAAAAGAACAGGCCCGGAUGGCUGAAAUUCGAGAGAAAGAAGCUAGGAAACAGGAACAAGAGGCCAGAGAAUGGGAGCAACAGGAACAAUCGAGAAGGGCCGUACGCGAAUGGAUGGAAAAGACUAAAUACCGCACCCUGGAUAGACAUUAUCGAAAGCACAACGCUCAAGAGGCACACAAAAGAAUGAGCAGGACUUGAAAAUAAAUAAACGAAGUUCUGGCUUACGUUUUCUAAUACUGCCGUUGCUGUAACUGUUGGACAGUCGAGUAAUUAAUCUACGUAAUAAAGGAACUGUAUGACAAA